AUGAAGCGUAAGCUCUCAGAUGCCGGCGAUCAGCCGCCUGUUUCGACCCCAAAGAGAAGACGAACAGCCCUAGAACAAUCCAAUAGCGCCCUGAACGGCCACGCGCCCAGCGGCGAUGCCUCCUACGAGCUUCCCCCAUCAGCACGAGGCCAAUCAACACCCAAAAAGGCCAACGGUGUCUCCGCUACGCCAUUACAACAGUCUGGGCUGAAAACACCUACCCACAAAUCUAAGGCCCGUGGCUUGUUCGCUACACCUACAAAGCCUAAGUCUGCAAUCGCAGCGACCCCGUCUCGAGUUAAGAACGCAGAUCGAUCUGCGCGGAAGAAGAGCGCACGAGUGCUGUUCGAGCAAGACGAAGAUGCAUCUUGGGAUGGAUCGGAACGACUAGCAGAAGAAAUCUUAAAUGGAGAUGAGCCAGACACGGAGAAAGCGGGUCAGGAUCUAGCGGAGAGCAUAGAACCUGAAGGCGCAGAAGAGGCUCCGGAAAAGGGAGUGAAACAACCAAAGCGCCGUGCAGGGCGACCGAAAGGUGCGAGAAAUAAGCGCUCCCCGACACCGGAAGGCGAGCUUCCUGCACACGAGCGAUACUUUUUCCAGAACCGCGCCGGUCCUGUCAAGACAUCAAAUGCCACUCUCAACAAAGUACCGCUUUUAACACAUGAGGAAUAUUUUGAGAAACUUGGUCAAUAUGAUGAUCCUUGCAAGGAAGAAAAGGAAUAUCUCCAGUCCUUGCACCACCGAUCUUUCCCGCAGUGGGCAUUCGAAUUCAAUGAAGGUUUCAACAUCUGCCUAUUUGGCUACGGCUCCAAGCGCAAGCUGAUGGAUCAAUUCGCGGAGUGGAUCUACAACUACCACUUAUCCGCCACUACGACUCCAACUAUUGUAAUGGUCAAUGGUUACACACCAGGCAUCUCCAUCAGAUCAAUCUUCGCCACGAUCGUCACGGCCGUAAUGGGUGAUGAUGCACCAUCCAAGCUUGGCGCACAGCCAACCGAGGUCCUCGAGCUACUACAAUCUGCACUCAAGUCGCAUGAAGAGCCCGUCACCGUUUUGAUCAACUCUAUUGAUGCCCCGCCUCUCCGCCGCGCAGCCAACCAAGCGCUCCUUGCUCGUCUGGCUGCAACACCGCUCAUACGCCUCCUAGUCACAGCCGAUACCCCCAACUUCCCGGUCAUGUGGGAUAUCAGUCUGCGUGAUCAACUGAAUCUCGUCUUCCACGACUGUACAACCUUCCUGCCAUUCUCGGCGGAGGUCGACGUCGUCGAGGAGGUCAACGCUCUCCUCGGACGCAAGGGCCGCCGCGUCGGCGGGAAAGAUGGCGUGGGCUUUGUGCUCAAGAGUCUUCCCGAAAAUGCACGCAACCUGUACCGUCUCCUACUAACAGAACUGAUCACUCUACUGGACGACGGUCACCAGUCAGAUGAUGAAAGCGCAGAGACCGCUGGCAAGGCUGGCGAUGAAACUGGUAUUGAGUUCCGUCUCCUUUAUCAGAAAGCAACAGAAGAGUUUGUAGCUUCUUCAGAGAUGAUGUUCCGUACCCUGCUGAAGGAGUUCCACGACCACCAGAUGAUCACUUCGCGCAUGGAUGCAAGCGGUAUGGAGAUUCUAGGUGUGCCACUGUCCCGCGAUGAAAUGGAGGGCGUGCUGGAGGAUCUGGUGUUGGGGUAG